UCGGGAAAGGAGCAGAAUCACCGGCCCUCCGAUUCCAAGAGUCGAGAUUUCCGAGAGCGUUGCAGAACUCUUGGGUCAUGGUAGGAAAGCUUCCGCUGCUUAUCCAACUAAUUUCUCUCGCAAUGGAAUUGUGUGUUUGCAGUGCGGCAAUGCAGGAUUCACCAAUGCCUUGGUAUACUGUGUCCGAUGUCUGAAAUAUGCUGUGCAUCGAUAUUGUAUGGAAACAAUUACCUUUAUCGAAUAUGUUGAUUGGUUGUGCGAUGACUGUGUUGAAUUAGUGCCGAAACCAUUGAAAGUCGUAGAAGAUGAGUUCGUCUACGAGAACAGCAAAGAGGAAUCAUUCAAUACUUUGGAUGAAAUCAAAGGAUGCUCGGAAGAGGAGGAUUUAUUAGAUGACAUUCCCCUGCUGGAAUUUCUUAAGAAGAAACAAAAGCGCCGUGAAUCACAGUUCCCAAAGAAGAAAUCUAAGAAGAAGAAGAUUCGAACGCUUGAUGAUAUAUCAUCCAGGCUGCCUCAAGAGGAUUGUACAAAACUAGAUGCCGGCAAGCAUGCCACUUCCAUUAGAGUAAAAGCUAAGUGUGCCUCCGAGAAACAGGAUGAUUUGGACAAUGAUCAUGGCAAGACAGAUGAUCCUAUUGUAUCAUCUAGUUCACCUUCAAAAAGUUCAAUCAAGAAGAGAAUUGUUUCAUCACAUGUUCCGAUUGCAGAGGAACAGACGCCUGGAAUCAAUGCUGCCCAACCUCUCCAAGUGCCAGAAGAUGGAGAUUCAACAUGGAAGACAAGAAUGUUGAUCAUGCCAACAAUCAAAUCGACAAGAAAGAGACACCGAUAGGGCGAUUUGGAGGUAGGGAAAGCUAUAGGCAGUGCUUUUUUGCAGAAAAAUGUAUUAACCAUUCCUAAUCUUGCCAUGAUCAUCUGUACUUUGAACAACAGGUGCCGUUUUAUACAUACAUAUAUAUAUAAAAUUAAAGAAUAG